AUUCCCCUCUUCUCGCGGGCGGCUAGGGUUUUAGGUUCCCCUCUCCCCGCUCCCAAAAGGCAGCCCGUCUUCCUCUAGGGUUUUAGCCGCCUCCCUCCCCACCCCCCCUUGCUGCGUUCCCCUUCCCCGCACCGCCGCCUCCCCUUUCCCCAACGCCUCAGGCCACCGCCGCCCAGCAAUCUCCCGUGCCGCAAACAUGUGGGCGCUCCGCCGAGCCGCCAACCCCCUCAGGGUCAGUGCCCGCCAGGUUGCAAGUGUCCGGAGUUGCGCAAGCCUUGACGUACUUCUAAGUGCUGAUACUAAGAAUGCAGAACGACACUGUGAGCAGGGUUGCCAGAAAUCGUGUUGCUGCAGUACACCAAAGCCACCAGCCUGUCGGUUGCCGUUCUCAUCUGGCUGGUCCAUGUGGAGUAGGAGUUUCUCUUCUCAGACUAGUGCAAAUUCUGGUGACAAGGUCGAUGACUUGGAGGACGGGUUUUCUGAUCUCGAGGUUCCGCCAGAAGCUGAUAAAAAGGAUGUGGAGUUGCCAUCUGAAGAGAGUUCUGAUGAUGAUGCUGUUGAUGGAAUUGGCUUGUUGGGAGAUGAUGCUGAUGCAAAACCUGACAAGGAGCCAAUGAAGAAGGCCUCCCAGUCCCCCCUUCUCAAGGUGAUGUUGGAAGCUCCAAGGAAUGGUGUCUCUGGAACACUGAAGAAAUGGCUUGAUGGUGGCAAUACAUUUGAUAGAAGUGAUAUCUUUUAUGUCAUUAUGAACCUUAGGAAGCGGAAGUUCUACUUCAAAGCAUUGCAGCUCCUGGAGUGGCUUGAAGAUUCCAAAGUAAUUGAUCUGGGAGAACGUGAUUAUGCUUCGCGCCUUGAUUUGGUGGCUAAAGUUCAUGGUGUUUACAAAGCUGAAAAGUAUAUAGAUAGCAUUCCUAUAUCUCAUAGGGGUGAGAUUGUAUACAGAACUCUUUUAGCUAAUUGUGUGUCUGAAGCAAAUGUGAAGAAGUCAGAGGAAGUCUUCAAUAAGAUGAAGGAUCUUGGGUUCCCAGUUACAGUAUUUGCUAUCAAUCAGCUUCUGCUACUGUACAAAAGGGUGGACAAGAAGAAGAUUGCUGAUGUUCUCGCGAAGAUGGAAAAGGAGAAUGUGAAACCAUCACUCUUCACUUAUAAGCUCCUUGUGGACACCAAAGGUGCUAUAAGAGAUAUUGCAGGUAUGGAAAAAGUUGUUGAGUCGAUGCAAGCAGAAGGUGUUGAGCCAGAUCUUCUGUUUCAAGCAACAAUUGCAAAACACUACAUAUUUGCUGGUCACCGUGAGAAAGCUGAAGCAAUUUUGGAGUCAAUGGAGGGUGGUGAUAUCAAAGGAAACCGCAAUGCCUGCAAGAUUUUAUUACCUUUGUAUGCUUUUCUUGGAAAGAAGGAUGAUGUUGAGCGGAUGUGGCAGGUUUGCGAGGCCAAUCCUCGUCUAGACGAGUGCUUGUCUGCUAUAGAAUCUUUUGGUAGGCUUGGAGACGUUGAACGGGCAGAGAAAGUCUUUGAGGAUAUGUUUGCGACAUGGAAAACACUCUCCUCCAAAUUCUACAAUGCUUUGAUGAAGGUGUAUGCUGAUCAAAACCUUCUCGAGAAGGGUAAGGAGCUAGCAAAGCGCAUGGAUGAGGAUGGUUGCAGACUAGGCAUCUCAACAAUUGAUUCGCUGGUGAAGCUCUAUGUGGGUGCUGGAGAGGUGGAUAAAGCUGAAUCUAUACUGCACAAGCUGUCUAAAAGUAACAAGAUGAAGCCUCAGUACAGCUCAUACCUCAUGUUGCUUGAUACUUAUUCAAAGAAAGGGGACAUCCACAAUUCAGAGAAGGUGUUUGACCAGUUGCGGCAGAUGGGUUAUAAUGGGAGGGUUAGGCAGUACCAGUUGCUGCUAAAUGCAUAUGUGCAUGCAAAGACACCUGUUUAUGGAUUUAGAGAGAGGAUGAAGGCUGAUAACAUUUUCCCCAAUAGUGUCAUCGCGUCUUUACUUGCUGCUACCGAUCCAUUCAACAAGAAGAAGACAUUAUCUGACAUGCUCGAGUAGGAUCUGGAAUACCGUUAGGUUCAUCCCGUUGCCAUGCAAUAUACAUUUGCUGCUUACGGGUUUCUGCUAAAGUAUAUGAUUGAGAUAAUAAUGUUUUGGUCAUGUAACGAACCACUAGUGUUUGUUUUGCACUUGGGUGCUCAUGCACUACUGAACUUUCUGCCAGGAAUAGAUAUCGAGCUGCUGCCCUAGAUUCUUAUUUA